AUGGGAAAUUCCGCUAAGAAAAAAUCGGUCAAAAGCAGAUUGGCCCGGCAAGCCAACGGCCGGUUGGCCCAGAUCAAAAGAGCAGAAAAAUUAGAGAGAAGAAACUUGGAAAUAUCCGUCGAAAUAGAAGACAAAAAAAAUUUUAUCCAAGAUAUAAUUGUUUCUAUGGCUUUGAUAUCGAUAGAUCUUUCUGAAUUCCGCGAGAACUUAGACAAAAAGAAUGUUGAGAUGGAUUCUGUUUUGAAAUCGCUAGAUGAGAAAGAAAUGGAAAUAAAACUGGCUGAAAGUGAACUUCGACGGUUGAAAGAUCAGCGGCUGUAUAUGAUAAACGAAAACAAAAGGCGAGAAAAACAGUUUCAGAAGAAAAUCGAAAUUGAGAAACGCGAAAUUCAGAAGAGAAACGAAAGUGACAAGUUAAAAGGCCAGUAUUCUAUGCCGUUUGAUGUAUUGAAAGAUAGAAAGAGCAAAGUGAAUCGAUGCAAAGACGUCAUCAAAUAUAUCCAACAAGUCGUGUUAUCAAAUUCUGUUGAGCGAUUUCUCAAUUUUUUUUUCACCUUUCUGAACGAUUCGGAUGAAUAUCAAUUUCGAUAUCAGCUCACUGACGAGGAAACAUAUUUUGCGAAGCUUCGUUUUCAUCUCCCAGAUUCAUUUUUUAGAUCCUUCCAGAAAUUCUAUUCUCAAAUGACUUCUUUCACUUUAUUCUCGUCUCGGCACGAUAUUUCAAAAAUUCAAAAGGAACUGUCACUAAAUCGUUACUAUACUGUUGAAUCAGAUCAGAUCAAAAGAAGGACCCUUUCUGGAGGAUUGACAACAGUAAAACGUCCUCUUGUCUUUAUCAAUGCGUUAUCAGAAGUUCUAACUAUUCGAUUAUCUACUAUGGCUCGACAUUCUAAACUUGAAUUCAAUGAGUCAACCGGAGAUGACAUUUGCGUAGCAUUAGGUGGAGAUAAAGGCGGAGAAGAGACGAAGUUGUUCCUCAUUUUUGAGAAUAUCCAAAAGCCAAAUGAUUCGCGGGGAAUGUUGCUUCUAGGACUUUAUACGGGCGAUGACAAUCACUCAAGUUUGAUAAAAAAUCUACAAACUGUGUUUUUUCAAUUUAAUGCUCUCGAAAAAAUCACUUAUCAUGAUGGAAGUAGAGAGAUCACAAAGAUUGUGAGAAAAAAAGUCGUGGGAGAUGUUAAAUUUUUGUUAUCAAUUUAUGAACAUCCCGGUCCACAAUCCUUGACUCCCUGCCCAAAAUGUGAAGUGAGAUACAGUACUCAUGGUGCACGAAUGGCGACAUUAGAAUCGUUUUCUUUCGAAAAUUCGGCGAAAAAAAGAACGGUAGACAGUUAUAAGUCAACUGGAAACCCUCUGGUAGAUGUUGAUCCGGCAGAUGCUGUAAUUCCACCGAUGCACGUGGUGCAAGGUCUUCUACAAAAGUACGGAAUUGAUUUUUUUUUGUAUGCCACGCCAAUAUCCUUGAUUCUGGUGAAGACGAUUCCCAUUGAAGAUAGAAGAAUCGAAAGUUCCACUAAAGAGAUUCACGAUAUUCGUGAUAUCAAAAACGCCUACAUCGAAACUCUUGCCAAUGACAACAAGAAGAAGAAGAAGAAUUCGUGUGAUUCCACAUUUUGCGUUGUGACGCAUUCCAAAAAUCGAGAUAUCGAUAAAGCGACGUACCAAUGUGACAGAUGUUCGAAAAUUUUCCACUUCCUCUGUAAUGGAGUAUGGACUUUUGAUGAGAAAAGUAAAACCAGCCAGGCUGGAAACAAUGUCGCAUGCUUCGAAUGUUCUUAUCCUCUUUCGAUUGAAGAGCGAUUGGAAGAGCUUGAAAUCUCGAAGGCGAAGCUAGAAAAAUCUUUGGAUGAUGAUCAGGAGACGUGGUGGCAAGUUAGUGAAGAGAGGAGAAAAGCUGAAAAAGUGAUAAAUGAUUGUGGAGAUUCAGGAGAAUAUCGAAAAAAUAAAAACGGACAAGCAAAUUCCGAGAUUGAGGAGAAACUUCACAAUUUGGUGAAAUAUCUUCGUGAAGCUCAUCCGGAACACUCAGUGAAUGUCAAACUCCAUCUUCUGACUUCACACUUGCUUGAUUUCGUCAAAAAGCACCGUUCGUGGGGCAGAGUCUCAGAACAGGGUAUUGAGCAUGCUCAUUCCGACUUCAAAAAGCUUAAUAUUCUUCUUGCUCCGAUGAAAAAUCCGAUUUCCAAAGGAUAUGCCUUUCUCGAUGCGUGUACCGGUGCAAAUUUCUUGACUGAUACCGGUGAAGACUGUAAUACUUGA